AAAUUGCAUUCGUCGGAUCGCAACCCAUAUAAAAGAAGAUGCACAAUUAUCUGAAUCGCAACAACCGCAAGUGCACUUAAAACAAACUGUAAGCCACAAGUGCGCGUUCUCCAGUGAGCAAGUUUUUAGAUUUUUGCUAAUCGAGUGCCAUCAUGAAGUCGAUCGUAGCAUUAGCAGCUUUCUUAGGUAUUUUGAUUGUGGCCAAUGCUAAGCCACUCGAUGACCCAAAGAACGCUCAAAUUAUUAGCUAUGAAAGUGAUAACAUUGGAAUCGAUGGAUAUAGAUUCGCAUUCGAGACCAGUGACGGUGUCAAAAGAACUGAGGAGGCAACGUUGAAGAAUGCAGGAACUGAGAACGAAGCAAUUGCAAUCAGAGGUACCAUUAGCUGGGUCGGGGCUGACGGAGAAACUUACACGAUAAACUUUAUCGCGGAUGAAAAUGGUUUCCAGCCGGAAGGAGCACAUUUACCAAAAUAGAGACGAUGUUGAAAAUGCGACUAUGAUUCCUACCUGUUUAUCAUUUUUAUGUGUUUAUUGAAUUGUUUAUAAAUAUUUUAAUAUAAGGGAAUAACUGCCAGUAA